UGUGAGAUUGCCCGAACCCAGGCCACUGCCCCACAAAAAGGCUGCGCGGCCCCAUCACGUCACCGCAUGCCACCGCUCGCCUGACGGAAAUUGCCACUGCGCGGUCAUGAGGCCCCCGAAGCAAAAACCCAAUGAAUGUCCACGAAAGCCCCGAGCCCUGCGUGUGUUGCGGGCACUCCCAUGGCCUGGCCAGACGUCCGCGGCUUUUGUGGUCCCAUUUGCCGGGCCUGCUUGGUCAGUGCUGCCUCGGCUUGCUGCGCGGUAUACGAGCUUCUCCAUGGUUGUUUUUUCUUCGGUCGCACCGUUUCCUUCCCCUCCCCGCGCAGCCCCAUACUCCGAUCCGCAGGUCCCAUACACUACGGGCGGCCAGUCUCAUCAUCAGCCAGGAAAAGAACGUACGCUGAAAAAAAACCCCAACAAGACGGGAGUAAAACCAGAGGAAAACACGGCACCCGCACAGCAAGCACAUUUCAAUACCCUGCCCGUCCCAUAAAAACCGCCAGCCCAAAACAGGCCAUAGACGGACAUUUUUUCCUCACCAUUGUGCUUACCAGCCGGUGAUCGCCACGGCCCAUAUUUAUUGCUG